UCUCUACUCUCUCUCUCCACGAGUCGUAGUAAUUAGAUUCCAAAUCAAUCUGCAUUUCCCAAUUUUCCCACACAUUUCCAUUAAACAAUAGUAUCUACCUUUUAGAUUCUCCGUCGCCAUGGAUUCUCAGGACUCUUCGGCUCCGCCACCCCACGCCAACCACCACCACCACCACCUCUACCAGCACCACCACCCUCAACCGCCGCUGCCCCCCCACCACGCCGUCCUGAUGGGCCCACACUCCCAACCCCAGCUGCAUCCGCCCAACAUGCCGUACCCACUGCCCGCCGGCAACAACAAUUCCGCCCCGACCGCCGCCGCGAACGCCCAACCCAUGAUGCACCAGCAGAACCCUCGAUUCCCUUUCAGCUCCGGCCCUCCUGCGCCGAAACCCACGGAUCACCAGUACUCCGAUGGGUCCCCCUCCGCCAGCGGUGGUGGCUGGUUCAACAUUGAGCCGGCCAAAAAGAAAAGGGGACGGCCCAGGAAGUACUCGCCCGAUAACAGCAUCGGUCUGGGUCUGUCGCCCGCGCCUGCCGCCCAGAUUUCCCCAUCUGCUGCCGCCGGCGGCGGCCACUUGGAUUCCGGUGGGGGGGCUUCGGCUGACACCUCAGGCAAACGCAACCGUGGAAGGCCUCCUGGUUCUGUGAAGAAGCAGUUGGAUGCUCUAGGAGUUCCAGGUGUUGGUUUUACACCUCAUGUAAUUACAGUGGAAGCAGGAGAGGACAUAUCAUCAACAGUUAUGGCAUUUGCGCAGCAAGGACCACGCACGGUUUGCAUUCUAUCUGCUAAUGGUGCCGUCUGCAAUGUGACCCUUCGCCAGCCAGCAAUGUCUGGCGGCACAGUGACAUAUGAGGGACGGUUUGAGAUCAUCUCUUUGUCUGGCUCGUUUGUAACUUCAGAAAGUAAUGGGGCCCACAGUAAAAGUGGCGGUCUGAGUGUCUCGUUGGCUGGAACAGAUGGCCGAGUUUUAGGCGGAGGGGUAGCUGGAAUGCUUAAAGCUGCAUCACUCGUUCAGGUUGUGGUUGGGAGCUUCAUUGCAGAAGGCAAAAAAUCCAAAACCGGGCCAUCUUCUUCUUCUGCUGCUGCUGCUAAUAACAAUACUCCUCCAUCUUCAAAUAUGCUGAAUUUUGGUCCUCGAGCUACUGAGGCCAGCUCGAGUUCACCGGGUGCCUCGAGUGAGUCGGGUGAGGACAAUGAUGAUAAUAAUAGUCGUCUUCAUCAUCAGCAUAGCUCUGGAGCUUACCCGAAUGCUGGAAGGCCCGUACAGAAUAUGCCCAUGUAUUCGAACAUGGGCUGGCCCAACUCCAUGAAGAUGCAUCCUCAUUAAUUAACACUUUCGAAUUUCAUGCAGGUUUCGUUUUUAGGGGAUUUUUUGGUAUGCUAAGCUGGUAACUCUAGCAAACUGAGUAUAUAAAAGUUUGCUUAUAACGCCGUUUAAUGUAGGAGGCUUUGUUUUCCUGUAAUUUUGUUGUUACUCUCUCGUAGGUGUAUUUUCUUUGGGCUGCAGGCUCAGAUUUUAUUAAUAUUAUUGCUAAUUCUUAUGCAUUCUGAGUAAUUUGUUGGUAGUUUACUCAGAGAAUGACAUUAAAGUAUAGAUCACGUAGUUCACAUGCUCCUUAAAG